GAUGCGCUCGAAGCAUCUCAAAGGGCGCGCCUGUUCAUUCGAAGCACUGCUGCAGUCCUCUAAGUUCAGUGGCAUUCGCUUCUCUCUUAUGGACACGUCGUGAAAGCGUGGCGGUGCCCUGAUUCUACGGACGAUGGUGCAGCAGGUACGCACAGACAGCGCAGCUCCGCAAUGUGGCAACGGUUCUGAUCAAUCGGUGUCUCUUGCAGAAAAGAAAGAAGACUGUCGAGAUGUGGCGGACUGCAUUUCGACAGUGUGCGAGAUUCGCAGGAGUCCAGUACGGAUGCUGCACUGGUCUAUCUGGAUUGCAGCUGUUCUGUACGUGAUGACCACCUUCGCUACCAGUGAAAUCAAUCGAAGUGUUCCCAUAAGACUGAGUCACCACGUCACACGCAGUUCUUACUGGGGUGUCACGAGGAAGUGGGACCUCUCUGAUAAAGAAUGGAGCGAAGUGAGACAGUUCAUCCUCGCUGCCUGGCCUUGGCUGCUGCUGCACUCCGUCAUCGGUCGGGGGCUCGCUCACGUGGUGCCAACGGUUGUCCCGUAUUUCCAUGUGGCCUACUCGCUGCUGUUCGUGUCGUUCAAGCUGGGCUGGCUGAGCGCCGCCAUCAUCUUCGCCGAGCACGCCAUUUUCUUCGGGUUGGCUUGUAUGGGAGUGCCUGCUCUCUGCUACGGGGGCGCGCUGCUUGCCCUGACGCACCACAAGGUUUUCCAAUACGACAUCUUUGAUGUCGUCUACCAAUGGUACGGCAGGAACACCUACUACGUCACUAUGUUGGUCUUCUACUGGACGGCACUGCGGGGCCUCAGCUUCUGCAUGGACUGGAUCUGGCGCGAUGAAGAGGGAGACUCGGAAGAGUCAGACAGGCCAGAACACCACUUUCUCGACUACUGGAAGACACUGGCAUACACGCUGUACCUUCCUCCGCUGCUCACAGGACCGUUACAGAACUACGAAGACUUCGAUGCAUCUGUGACAAAACCGAAGCCUCCGUUGUCGUCCGACGAGAUCAGGGCCUGCGUUCGCGGCCUGCUGCGCUCCGUGGCUCACUUUUUCCUCAUGGAUUUUAUGUGCCACUACUUCUACAGUUUUGCGCUGUCCAAGGCGCCAUACCUCGUCUCAAGGCUGAAACUCACUGCUCUUUUGGGCUUCGGUGCUACGGUGGGCGUGAUGUUCUUCAUCAAGUACCUGGUGCGGUACGGCGUACCAUGUGCCUUCGCCAGAAUAGAGGGCAUUGACCUUCCUCCACCGCCCAAGUGCGUCGCCAGCUCACACCUAUGUUCCCACAUGUUGAGGUACUUCGACCAUGGCUUCCAUUUGUGGAUCAAAAAGUAUUUGUACCUGCCCAUGAUGGAAUCCGAAUGGGAGAUCAUCUGGCGGUUGCUGGGCACAGCACUGGCCUUCUCCUUCAUCUGGCUUUGGCACGACAUGACGGUCGCCGUCAGUUUCUGGGCCUCGCUAAGCUUCCUGGGCAUCGCACUGGAAGUAGGCACGUCACGAAUCAGAAAGCUCGACUUCGCCAAGAAUAUUGAGGCGAAGUACCUAGGCGGCGGACGACUGAGAUACGUGAAAGCAGCCCUAGGAUCCCCACACUACUUGCUCACGAUAUUCUCAUGCCUAUUCUUCACCACCAACGUAGAGGUGACGAGCAUAUUCUUGAAGAAAGUGGUCCUCGGUUUCCCUCUGCCACUGCUGCCUGUGCUGGUGUGCCUCUACUUCGCUUCCCAGGUGUCUCUGGAUGUCAUGGAGUGUGAGAAUGCAGCCAAAGCCAAAGAUAAAGCGUCAUAAGGCACACCCGAUGAUACACGAAUCGGAGGCCGCAUUUCGCAAGAAUACGGUUCCCGAAGAGCUCGCUUUGCAAGCACGCAAUCGGCGCCGCGCUGACGUUACCAAACCGGCGACCGAUCACGUGCCCUCAAAGCCAGCCCUUCGUAACCGACAUUCAUCAUUGCAUAAUUGUGGCUCCAUGCCUCUACAGUGGUUGCGUAAAGGAUUGGGUGACGCCAUCACUUCACCGAAUUGUUGACCUCUCGCAUUCAAGGCCAGUUAUACGAAUGUUCUGAUAGUAAACUUUUCGCAUUAUUUUACUGUAACUAAAAUAAAUAAAGGAGUUGGUAGCAGCGUUUGUUUGCAGAA